AUGGUUCAGGUUGGAAGCGUUGUUGGCGCAGGGAAGGUGUCGUUGGUGGAGGCCGGUGAGUCGUUUCAAUUAGUCUUGGUUCGAAUCAAUGUAACGUAUUAG